AUGAGGAGUGGAGCGGACCAAUGGGGGGCGAGAGUUUCCCGCCUCCGGCGCGCCAUUGGCGCUCCGGCCGGAUUGAAUAAAGGUUCGGGCCGCGGCGGGGAGAUUCCGCCGAUAGAGUGCUCGCGCAUCGGAGACGCUGUGAGACGACAGCCACAUUCAGUUUCGCUGACGGGCCACGAUGCAUCGCUGCCUCAGUGGGAAAGCGCCAACACCCCCACCGCCACCGCACCGCCCCCGCGGCCCCCGCAGCUCCAUGCCGCCCCCGCACCCCCACAGCGGCCCAGCCCUGAAGAAUUCCUGUCGUCGAUC